AUGGAUUUGCAAAAAAGCUUUGAAAACAAUCAAAACGAUUAUAAAAGUUUAAAGGGAUAAACAAAUUAUGAUUUUGGUGCUUAAAAAAAUUUUAUUUAAGAUAAAAAUGAAGCUCAAAAAUAUUUGAGAUUUGGUGAUUAUAUCCUUCUCUAAUCAACAGAAGGUGCUACAAGAUUUCUUUCAGCUAGAAGUUUAUAUGAACAAAGCGUUUUUAUGAUUCAAUCAGAUGAUCAUCCGUUUAUGGAAUAUCCUAAUCUCUCAGAAUUAAUAUUUUGUAUACAUCCUAAAAUAAUGUAUGAAGCUGCUUAAAAAUUUUAAAAAUUUAUCAGUGAAGGAGAUAUAUAAAAUGAAGUUAAGUUAAAUAUGCUUUAAAGAAGAGUAGAAGCUGAAAAUGAUGUAAAUCAAAGGAGAAUGCAAAAGUAUUUAGGUGAAAUAGUUACGAUUGGUUAAGAAAUACAAUUAUAUCACAUUCAUUCUAAGGCAUAUGUCAAAGCAACAAGAGGAAAAAAUUCAAAAAGUUCUAAUCUAUUUUUUUUGAAAUUAAGUGAUAAAUCUUCUUCUGGAACUCAUUUUAAUAUCAAGAUAAAUCCAUUUCUCAACUUUAAAAAAGAGGGUGAAAAAAUAACUUUCGAAGACUCCUUUUACUUUGAAAAUAUUAAGUUUAAAAGUAUAAUAACUAACAUAGAGUUGCCAUUGGUUUAUGGUAUUUAGUAAAACGACAAAACACUUAACUCUAUCAACGAGAUUGGAAAAAUAGUUAGUGCUAAUCAAAUAAAUACUACAGAACUAGCAAAUGGAAAAAAGUUUAUUUUGGAUAUUCCUCUUGAUGUUCCUCCAACUCUAGAAAAAGUAUAGAGUUUUAUAUAAUAUGAUGCAGGACAUAGAAGAGAUGAGAUUAGUCCUUUUAAAGCUUUAUUACAUACUGCAUACGUUUCAACAGUUUAGCUAGUAAAGCAGAGAUAACUAGUUUGGGGAGAUUAUGUUAGGAUAUCUCAUAUUUUGCAAAAAGAUAAAAAAUCUGGUGUUUUAUUUUCUGAAAAUAAUGUUUCAGGUACAAGUCAAGAAAUAUUGAUGGAAACUCAUAGUGUUGAUAUUUUGAGUUCACCUGAAAACUUCUCCAGCAUAUUUUAAAUACUUCCGCCAUCGUCUGAUUUAAUAGGAAAACCAUUAAAUUUAGAAAUCAGUAGUGAAUUUAAAUAUUAGAAAAUAAGAUUGAGACAUGCUUUAAGUGGCAGAUAUGUUAAAUUUAAUGAAGAAGAUUAACUCAUAAUAGGCUAAAAUUAUGAUGAAUACUAAAUUUUCAAAUAAAAAUAGCAAAUACUACUCAAGAAAUAAUAAUAGCUUUAAUAAUUGUAGUAUUAGCAAUAGCAAUAAUAACAAUAAAACUCUACAUCAAAUCAAAUUUCAUCAAAAAGUAAAAUUGGGUCUCAGGUUUUAGAGUAGAAUCAAGAAUAAAAGAAAGAAUAAGUAACAAAUGACUAAAAAGGAGCUCAAAAAUCAGUUUUUGAUUCUAUAUCAAAUAUAUUUUCAACUAAUAAAAAUACAAAAUAAAAUGAAAUUUAAAACUAGAAUUAAUAACAAAGUGGGAAAUAAAAUUAAAAUAACAAUAAAGAUGGUAAAAAUUAAGAUUAAUAAAUUUAAAUUUUUGAUUAAAUGGGUAAUUCAAGCUAUCCAAAUUACAUCGUCACUUUAGCAAAUGAAGGCAUAUAAGAUACAAUAGAAGAUGAUAAAUAUAAUAUCAAGCAAAGCAUAUUUUAUGAAAACGGUAAUACAGCAAAUAAAUAAGCUCCUAGUGAUCUAAUAGAGUAGUAUUCUUUUAUAAUAUGCUCAAAUAGUAGUGAGGAGAAUAUACUUACAACAACUUGUGUUUUUUCAAUAUAAAACCAAUUCAAUCAUAAAAAAUUAAUUAUUGAUUAUAAUGAUGAUCCUUUACUACUCAUCAACCCUGAGCUAGUUUAGAAAGACGGAAACUACUUUAUAAACAGCGAUAAUUUUUAAGGUGUUUUUUAGCCAAUGAAUAGUUUAUCCAGACAUGUUUACAAACUCAAAGCAUAAUUUACAAAGAAGCCUGAUUAUUUCUUCUUUUAAAAGGUGAAUUAAAAAGAAAUUAAUGAUAUAAUGUCAGUUCAUAGCAAAAUAUCUUAGAUCUUGCUAAUCAGUGAUGAUUCUUAUUUAAACAUAGAAACUUAAUAACUAUUUUAAAAAGCAGAAGAUGACCUUUAUGGAUUGGCUUAAUGGAUGUGUAACAAUAAUGUAAUUGAUGAUCAAAGAAAGUAAUAAAUAAAACAAUAAAUUAAAUAACCUUUAAAAUAAAGAUAAAACUUGUUGAGAGAGCUUGGAAUAAUAGAUUUAAUAGUAAAAAUUAUAUGUAAUAUUUUUAAUCAGUAGUGGAUGACAAGUGACUUAAUGAAAAAAAACUAUUAUCUUAGAACAUUCAUAAAUUCUACCAUUAAAAUAUUGGAAUUAGCUUGUUAUGAAAACUAUCCUAAUUCUGUAUAUACUUAUCAAUGGUAUUUUUUAUUUAAGUAAAUCAUCUUAGACAUUAAUGUUUACGAAGAUUUCAGAUUCGAUAUUCUAAUUAAUUAAUUAUUUUAAAUAACUCUUCUGAAUGUUGGGUUAAAAGCUGAUUUAAAUUAAAUUAUUGAAUCAGUAAACUUUGAAGACUAUAAUUUAAAAGCUUUAAAUCUUAUGACGGCUUUUUGCUAAUACAACACUUAUCGUGAAAAGUAGGAAUAAGAAUAGAUUAUUGAAACUCUUUUUGAAAAUAUAGAAAAUAGAGAGCAACUUUUUAAGAGACUCAUUGAAAAUGAUAAGGGAGAAGUUUGCUUAGAAAUUAAAAAAGACGAGAACUACUUAGAAUUAAAAUAGAAAAAUUUUGAUAACAAUUCAAACAUUAUUUAGCUACAAUAUAUUGUUGGAAUUAUUUAGCUAUUCAUUUAGCUUUGUAGAGGUGGAGUGUGGCUUAUAGAUACUUAUAUUAAUGAAUUAUUUCCUUAAAGCUAUGUAAUUUUUUUAUUCGAAAGCUAGCAAGUCUCUAUGAGAAUAAGAAGUGCUUUCCUUGAUUUAUUUCGAGAGUCCUACAUAAUGAGAGACUUUUAAAAUAUAUAAGAAAUAAAAAUUCCAACAUUGAUCCACACUGCAAAUGAUAUUUGUAUCGAAAGUAAAAGUUUAUAGAAAUUGUAGGAUUUAAGAUAAAAUUUAACUACAAGAUAUUUUAAUGAUAGCUCAUUUGGUGAUGCAUCUCCUUUAAGUCCUAUAAGAAGGAGUUAUAAUAUAAAUUUGAAACAAAUUGUUAUUGUAUUUUUAAAAGAAUUUUAAAACAGAGUUUAAAAUGAAUAUAAAUACUGUGAAUCUGGCGUUGACCAUCAAAAAUUUUUAAUUUCAAAUGUUUUCACUAAAAAUAAUCACUCUUCCCUUCUUUUGUUGUCUGUACUCAAACUAACAUAAUAUAUAAUUAAGAGGGAUUUUUAUACGAGUUUAGAAAUAGACUAACUCAAUGAUUAAAUAGUUUAGAUUUUAAUAAAAUCCUUAGAACUGGUUUAGCUUAUUAAAAAGUAUGACAAAAAAAUUGCAAGCUCUAAUAAUACAGUAGAGAGUGAGAAUUUUACAAUAGAGAAUUUUGAAUGGAUUAAUUUCUGCAUAACUUUAUUGAAGGAUAUAUGUUAAUAUAAACAAAAUUAAUUUUUAAAUCAGUUUUAUUUAGCUAAGCCAGAUUUGGCUUAUCAAGCAAAAAGAAAAGAGGAAAUUAAGGAGGAAUUGGAUAUAAAAAACGCUGAAAAAAGGACAAAUAGAAAGAAAAACAGUAAUGGUAUGUUAUAUUUAAAAAGAAUGUAGCAACUUAUGAUAGAUAAAAUUCUUCUAAAGGAGCACUCUAUUAAUUUCAUGACAAAUAAUAGCACUCCGCUGAGUGAAGAAUUUAUAAUGUUGUUGCACUUGUGGAUGAAUUUAGGGCAUUAAGAACUGAAUACAAACAUUAUGAAUUUAGUUUUGAUGUUAAACUCUUCAGAUAAAAUAUAUUUGCAAUCUAUUAACGACUCUCUUACUAUUAAUAACUAAAAUUUUAGCAAAUAUGAAAUGUUUUUAGAUUUAUAUUACGAUCUUAAUUUUGAAAUUACUGACUAUUAAAGAGUUAAAUCAAACGAAAUAGAGAGAGAAGAAGCUUAAAUCAAAAAAAUGAGCUAGAGGAUAUAGGAAUUAAUUAAGGAAGUGUUUGCUAUUAAUGUAAAAUAUGAAGAAAUCGUUGCAAUGGGUGAGAAUUUAAGGGAAUAAGAUAUAAAUUAAAAAAAAAAUUAACCACUAAGUAAUGGAACUACUGUCAUUUAAGAUAGAGGUUAUAACAGUAAUAGAGAUAGUGCUGCUAGAGGCCUUCAUGAUGUUAUAGAAACAUAUAAAGAACACGAAAAUUCAAUAAACGAAAACGAUUAGAGAAAGUUUAGAGUUCAAUCUACUUAAUCAAAGCAAGAAAAUGGAAUUUUAAAUUAUCUAUAUUAGUAAAAAUCUUCAACUGGAGGAGAAGUAAAUGGGGUGGGAUCUGAAAAUGGUGAAGACAUUGUAGAGUCAUCUUAGGCUUCAGGUGAUUUAAAAAUAGUGAAUUGUAUAUCUCCAAGAGAUAUAAAUAAUUACUUUUCUUCUCCUGAACUAAAAGAAGAAUUGAAACAUCUCUCAAUCUUCAGCUAAUCAAACUAACUAAAUGAAUAUUCAUAGAAUUUUACUUCAAGAUACAAAUUUAAUUAAAAUGGUGAAUAAAUCUAACCUUUUUUUGGGAAUAAUAAGGAAAAUUAAAAUGAAAAUUAACUAGGUCCAAAUUAAAUUAAUUUUAGAAAUAGUCAGAAAGAAUUAAGUUCUAAAUAAGACUUUGACAGUAGUAAUCCAGGAUCACCAUUAAGAAAUUCAAAGCCUGUAUAUUAUUAGCUAUAUUAAGGAUACAUACUUGACAUUAACAUACUGAUGAAUUCUCAGAAGAUGAUGAAUUGUAUAGGGAUUUAAAAUUAGCUGAUUGAAAUAUUAAUUUAAAUUUCUUAAGCCACAACAAUAGGAAAGAAAGAUAAUAAAAAUCAACUAAUUUAUGAUUGUUUGGCAUUAUUAAAUUAUUUUAUCUUAAAGAAUAAUAACAACCAAAGCUUUCUAUUAAAGAGCUAGUAGUUUCUUGAAGAGCAAAAUGGAUUGCUAAAAAAGCUUAUUUAACAUUCAGAUGUUUAAAUUAUAGAGUUAACAUUCCUUUUAUUAAAAAACAUAUAUUCAGACAAUUAUUAAAUAUUGUUGUAAAUUGACAAAAAGGAGUAGCAUGACUUGAUUUAAAGAUUGAGUAAAAAGUUUCAAGAAAAUUUCAAAAAAAAAUCAAACUUAUUCUGCAUACUUUUUAUUUAAUUUCUUCCUUAUCUAUUUUUACUUUAAGGCAAAUCUUUGAUUUAAAACUAAUCAUUUGUAAUUAAGUAACUGAAUGAGAAUUAAUUAGAUAUGAACUAAUAUAUAUUUUAUUUUGCCAAUAAAGCUUUGGAAUCCAAAAUUCCAAAAUCAGAUUGGUAUUUAGAUGGAGGUUUUAAUAUACACAGUACUCCUCCUUCUAACAAAAAUUUAGUUACUCAAGUCAAGGAUUUUGAUCCAAACUCACCUUAAAAUAGAAUUUUUUAGGAACCAUAAGUUAAGGUUAUCUAAAUUACAGAGGAUAUAUUAUUUUUGAUUAGUUUUUUGAGAACUUUCAGAUAAAUAGCUAAAAAUAGUAGCUCCUAUGUAAAUAACUAUAUUCGCUCAUUGUUUACUAUAAAAUAAAUCAGCAAUUUAAUUCAAGAGUUAGAUGAUUGGUGGCUUCUAAAACUUGAGCUACUCUUAUACCUCACUGAAACUUAUUUAAGUUCAAACUUUAUCGAAGAAGAAGAAACCUUAGAAUUAAUACACUUGUUUAGUGUGGUAUUAGCUGAAGAAUUAUACUAAUUCGAAAUUUAUCUUUCUAAAUAGAAAAAUCUCAAAUAUGAUUUAUAAUUUAUAUCAGAAAUGCAAAAUAUUUUCAAUGAAACUUAUAUUGGAACAUUUCCUAAUUAACCUUAUAUUUAAACAUCGUUUGAGGAGUCUUAUUAUUAGUUCAUAGUAUUGGGAAUAUUCAGGUCUUUGAGAUAUUUCAUUUUUAAAUAAUAGGAUAAUCCAGAUGAUACAUUUUUAGGAAUCAUGAGCUAGUAUAAAGAAAUCAUAGAAGAUUUAUAAGAAUAUAUAAAUGGUCCUAAUUUAACAAAAUAAUUCGUUUUCAAAAGAAGAAAAAACGAAAGGAAAAAAACUCACAGAAGAUCUUCAUAAUUUUUUAUUCGUGAAGUAUCACCAGCUAAAAAUAACAUGUAAGUUUACACUGAGGAAAGCAGUCUAAAUCCUUAAGGAUAAUAAUAAAUAUUAUUUCAAGAAGUGAUAGCAUUGCUAGAUUCUGUCAUCAAGAAAGAUUACAUACAAUUAGUUAGUGUUAAAAGAUUUAGAUAGUCAACACUCUAAAAAGAGUAAAGAAAUGCUUUUAUCCGUUAGUAACAGGUUCUCCAUUCAAAAAUUAUUCCUGAAACGGACAUCUAAAUAUAUCAUAACCUUUAGAGCGAUAAAUUAGCUGAGUUAGUUAUAGACAUAAGAAGAAGAGAUACACAACAAUUUUAGAAAACUCUGAUGUAAUAUUUGAACGUUGUAAGUAAUGUGAAGGAAGUUGAUUCUGAUACCCGUUCAGAAACACUUAAAAUAUUAAGAAAUAUAUCUAAUUUCAAAAAAAAUUAAACCGUAUACGAGAAAAUCUAAUAGGAUUUAGUAUCAAUUGGGUUCAUGAAAUUUCUUUGCGAUGCUGUAGUUAGUGAAGCAAAUCCUUAAAUUAAGAGCCUUUAUAUUGAAGGAUUAGUUGAUUUCCUGGAUGAAUCUAACAUACUAAUUUCAGAUAGCUUUUAUGAUUAUUUACUUAAUGAUGAAUAAAAUGAUUUUGUACAUACUUUAAAAGAUUUUCUUUUAACAAACUUUAAGUAAUAUAGAGAAUACCAGAAAGCUCAAUUUGAUAAAAAUGAAAACAAGCUUUUGAUUUUGGAAGAUUGGAAUGAAUUUCAAGCUAAUAACCUAUCUUCAAUUUAGUCAUAAAUAUAAUAAGAAGAAUACUUAAAUGCAAUUAAAGCCAAGCUAGAUAAAUGUAUAUCAAUUAUCACCUUAAUUAGACUAUGUUGUGAAGAUCACUGUGGUAAAUUUUAACAUUUCUUCAGGGUUUAAAUUACAAAAAAUUCCAAGUUGAAAAAAAAUUCAAUUAAUAUGAUAACUUUUAUAUGUGAUAUCUUUGCUUAAUUUGUGAAAAGAAUAGAUAAAAGUAAUCUAAAGUUUGGUAUUAGUAUUUUAGAAACCCUUAUCUCACUAAUUGAAGGACCGUGCAUAGAGAAUUAAAGAGAGCUAGUUUCAUCAAAGAUUCUUGAAAAUAUUGAAGAUUUGAUGCUAGAAAUUUUUGAAAAAGAAGUAGACGACUCUGAAUAUCCAAAAGAUGUUCUUAUGGAUUUCAAGAAAAAUAUUAUAAGAAUAGCUUUAUCUAUUUUUGAAGGUAGUGGAGAUAAUUAUAUAAUAAAUAAAGUUGGAUAAUUUAUAAACCCUAGUAUACUUUACAAACAAAUGUCUUAUUAUUUUGAAGAGUAUACCAAUACUAUUCAAUUAAUUGGUAACAAACAUAAGGGUGUUUAUUUAGAAUUUACAAAAUACAAAAUCCCACCAAAAAUAUCUCAAAAAAUUAAAUUGAUAGAUAAUUCUUAAUAACUUAAAAGAUACGUUUUUGAAAAAUACGGUAAUAUACCUUAAUCUUAAAAAAAUGAAGAAAUGAUUAUCAUUGUUUACAAAAAGGCACAUUAAUUUUUAAGUUUUUCUCAUCAAUGCUUAAUCCUAUUAAAAAAUUUAAGAUUUCAAAAUUAAGACUUUAAACAAAAGUGUAAAGAAGAAAAGAAAAAGCAAUCAGCUUAGUUUUAGAAGUAGUAUAAAAGCCUGACUGCAUAAUGUAAAUCCAUAGAGAUUGUUAACUAAUUUGGGAAGCUACAAAAAGUAUUUUUCCCAUUUCCUUAAAUAGCUGGAUAUCUAUCAUCAACAAAAUAAAGAAGGUUUCUAGAAGAUGUCAAUAGAGACAGUGCAAAUGAAAAAAUAUAAGGUCUUCUUUCUAUGGAAGACUAGUUUAUGGAUGAAAUGAAACAUUUUUUAACUUUAAACUCUAAAGGUCUUUAUUUUAAAUUGAGUGUUUUAUAAAACUUUAAGAAUACUCAUUUGAUAAUCAUACUGAUAACAAACUUUUUUGUUGUUAGUGGAUUAGAUGAAAAUAUUAAGGCAAUUGAAAAUAUCUAUGGUAUUAUUUAACUGCUUUCCUCAUCUUGUAUUUGGCUUCUUUGGGCAAUUAUGGAAUUACCACUUGACUACUUCUCAGCGAAAAGAACAUUUUAGAAAAACAAACUAUUAUCUUCUCAGUCUACAGAAACUAAAAUGUCAAUCAGCAAUGAGAAAUUAUUUAUAUUUCUUAAACUCAUCAAAGAUAGUCACAUGGUUUAUUUGAGUUUGAAUAUAUUGUUUAGCAUUUUAGGAAUGUAGGCUUCAAAGAUAUUUUAUUCAUUUCUUCUGAUUGAUAUUAUAGAUAGAUCUCCUGUGUUAAGAAAUGUAAUUAGCUCUGUGACGAAGAAUGCAAAACCUUUACUUUUAACAGGAAUUUUAGGUUGUAUUUUGCUGACUAUUUAUUCUAAUAUUGCUUACUAUAGUUAUUUAUCAGAAACAAUUGUUUAUAAAGAAGAUGAAAAUUUACCAAUUUGUCACUCUCCUUUUGCUUGUUUUCUUUUUAUGGCAGGUUUAGGUUUGAGACAAGACGGCGGAGUUGGAAAUAUAUUGGUAGAUCCUGAUCCAUAUGAUUACUCUAAUUAUGUAGGGAGAUACUUUUUUGAUAUGACAUUUUAUAUAUUCAUUAGUGUUUUAUGGCUCAAUAUUAUUUUUGGUAUAAUUGUCGAUGCAUUCGCUGAGCUAAGAGAUGAAAAAAAAGAAAAGGAUAAAGACCAGGAAAGUAAAUGUUUUAUUUGUAAUAUGGAUAGAGAUAAAUUUGAAAAUGAAGGUCUAAGUUUUUACAAACAUAGAUAAAAGGAGCAUUAACUUUGGAACUAUUUGUUUUUCAUAAUACAUCUAAAAUAAAAAGUAUAAGGCUAAUUUAAUGGAACUGAGUCAUACGUAUAUAACAAAUUGGAAAAUGGUGAUACUACUUGGUUUCCAAUAGGGAAGUCACUAAAAAUGUUUAAAUUGCAAGGUGAAAAUUAAUUUAGUUAAGAAUAAAUACUUUAAUAAUCAAUUGAAAAAUUAUAAGAAAAAAUAUCUAAUGUUGAAAAAUAAAUAAAUAUAUUAAAAAAUUGA